CUAAAACCUCUCACUCUUAACCCAGGAGAAAAAAAAAAAAAAAAAAAAAAGCCUCAACCCUAGAGCGCAUCAGUGACCCUGGGCCCCCAUCCCCAGUCGUCGACCCUCCGCGAGUGUUGGUGGCCGUUCCCUCAGUCUUUCUGCCGUCGCCGGCAAGGUAGCCAGCCAGCCGUCCUUCCGAGCCGGUUUCAAGCCACCUACUUGCAGUUAAUCAUGUUGAAAGUGAAAACUCCCAAGACAGGCAAGGCCAGGCGAGAGCUCGAUAAGCGGGCUCCUAAGCUAGUCGAGACGGGGAAGAAGACGCUGAUACUUCAUGGAACGAAGACUAGUGGCGUGUUGAACAGUGUAUUGACGCAAAUUUAUCACAUAACGAAGGAAAAUGCUUUGAGAUUCAGUCGAAAGAAUGAGGAUGUUAGGCCGUUUGAAAGCGGAGGUGAAGCUUCGCUUGAGUUCUUCUCUCUCAAAACUGAUUGCAGUAUGUUUGUAUAUGGUUCCCACUCAAAGAAGCGACCUGACAAUCUUGUUAUUGGUAGAACUUAUGACCACCACAUAUAUGACCUUGUAGAGGUUGGGGUUGAAAAUUUUAAACCCUUGGAAUCAUUUUCGUAUGAUAAGAAACUAGCUCCAAAGGCAGGCUCGAAACCUUUUAUUGCUUUUAUUGGAGAAGGGUUUGAUAGCGUUGAAGAGUUGAAACAUUUGAAGGAAGUUUUACUUGACCUGUUCCGAGGAGAGGUUGUAGAAAAUUUAAAUCUUGCUGGAGUGGACCGUGCAUAUGUAUGUACGGCUGUGUCUCUGAAUAGGGUGUUUUUUACGCACUGUGCGUUACAACUUAAAAGAUCUGGCACAAUAGUACCAAGGAUGGAACUGGUUGAAGUUGGCCCAUCCAUGGAUUUUGUAGUUCGUCGACAUCGUCUACCUAAUGAAGGCCUAAGAAGAGAAGCCAUGAAAACAACCAGAGAUAAGCCCAAGAAGAAGGAGAAAAACGUUAGCAAGGAUGUGAUAGAGGGCAAAAUUGGAAAAGUAUACAUUCCAGAUCAGAAGGUUGGAGAGAUGGCUUUACCUAACAAAGCAAAGGGAGUGAAGAGGGAGCGCCGUGAAGCUAAAUUGAGACAUGGUGACGGCAACGAGUAUGCAUCAAAAAAGCAAAAGGAAGAUUCUGAGUAAUUCCUUUCGAUUCUAUUGGUUUAUAGAACUUAACUUGGAUAAAGGCUACAAGGGGAUGAAAUGUAUCAAUUUUGUGUUAAA